AUGUCACAGGGAGAUGAAGUCCUGACUGUCAUCAAAACGAAGGCUCAGUGGCCGGCGUGGCAGCCUCUCAACAUGCGGGCGGCGCCGUCGGCGGAGUUCUCGGUGGACCGGACCCGGCACCUGAUGUCCUUCCUCAGCAUGCUGGGGCCCAGCCCGGACUGGAACGUGGGACUGUCCGGGGAGGACCUCUGCACUAAAGACUGCGGCUGGGUCCAGAGGCUGGAGACCGAACUCGUGCCCUGGGACGCCGGCACAGACAGCGGGGUCACGUACGAGUCGCCGAACAAGCCGACCAUUCCCCAGGAGAAAAUUAGACCCCUGACCAGUUUGGACCACCCUCAGAGCCCUUUCUACGAUCCGGAGGGGGGCGCAAUCACCCCGUUAGCCAAAGGGGAGCAGUGCAACGUGGUGCCGGACACCAUCGACGACAUCGUGGCCGAUAUCGGACAGGAGGAGAAGGAGGAAGACGACACCCCGGAGACGUGCAUCUACUCGGCCUGGUCGCCCUGGUCCGCCUGCAGCAGCGCCACCUGCGACAAGGGCCGGCGGAUGAGGCAGAGGAUGCUGAAGGCCCAGCUGGACCUCAGCGUCCCGUGUCCCCACACCCAGGACUUCCAGCCCUGCAUGGGCCCGGGAUGCAGCCAGGAGGAGCCGUCCACGUGCAUGAUGUCUGAGUGGAUUAGCUGGUCGGCCUGCAGCGCGUCCUGCGGGAUGGGGAUGAGGUCCAGAGAGCGCUACGUCAAACAGUAUCCCGAGGACGGCUCGCUCUGCCAGUUCCACACCGAGGAGACGGAGAAGUGCGUGGUCAACGAGGAGUGCUCUCCCAGCAGCUGCGUGGUGACGGAGUGGGGGGAGUGGGACCCCUGCAGCGUGACCUGCGGCCUGGGCAUGCGGAGGCGGGAGCGCAUGGUGAAGAUGCCCCCCAGCGACGGGUCCAUGUGCAAAGCAGAGGUGGCCGAACUGGACAACCGGACCUGCGGGCCGGGGGUCCGGACCCGCAGCAGGAUGCUGAAGUCCGACCCGGCCCAGUGCCCCGAGGAGCUGGAGCAGAGCGACAAGUGCAUGCUUCCCGAGUGCCCGGUGGACUGCAUGGUGUCCGAGUGGUCCGAGUGGUCCGAGUGCAACAAGUCCUGCGGUAAGGGACACACCAUCCGCACCCGCAUGGUCAAGCUGGAGCCGGAGUUCGGGGGCAGCGCCUGUCCGGAGACCAUCCAGAGGAAGAAAUGCAAGAUCAGGAAGUGCAGGACGAAAGCCAAAGACGGAAGGGGCGGAGGAUGCAAGAGCCAGCCCUGGACCAGCUGGACCGACUGCACCAAACCGUGUGGGGGGGGCAUCCAGGAGCGCUUCGGAAAGGCCAAAAAGAGGCCGAAGGCCAGCAACUGCAAGAACCGGAAGGAGAUCCGGGCCUGUAACGUUCAUCCCUGCUAG